AUGGGCUUAAUUGACCGUUUCCUGAGAACGAAGCCGAGCUCCGCCGGAGCGCUCCCCUUGAGUGAAAAGGGCGGCCCGAAGGAGGGCGCAGUGCCGCCCGAAUCGGGGGGCAAUUUGGGAAUAUUAGACGUGGCGGCCGCCCUACGCUGGAUCAAGAUUAACAUCGCCGCUUUUGGAGGCGAUCCCGGCAGAGUUACGCUAGUGGGACACGAUACCGGAGCCGCGCUGGUCAAUUUGCUCUUCAUUUCACCGUCCUCGAAAGGUCUGUUCAAGCGUGUGGUGCUGUUAAGCGGCACCGCCCUCAGCCCCUGGGCAACGAUACACGAUGCCGAUAGUUUGCGCGUCAGCGUCGGCCGACAGACCGGCUGUCUGCAGCAGCAACAGCAGGAAGAAUCGCAGGACACGGAGGACAUCGCAGCGUGUCUCAGGUCAAGGCCCCUUCAAGCCCUUUUGGACAUCCAGCUAGAAACCGUGCGCUUCAUGCCACGCAUAGCGCCAUCACUGCCAAUCGACCUGGACACCCCGGACCCAGCCUAUGCGAUGGAGCACGCCAGCGAGAACUUCAUCACCUCGGAACUGAUGCUGGGCAUCACGACGACGGAAAGUUACGGCGACUUUAACGCGAACGACAUUCAGUACGGUUUCGAGGAGGACCAGCGUAAUCGAGUGUUGAGGACGUACAUACGUAACGCGUACGUAUACCAUUUGAACGAGAUCUUUUCCGCGGUGAGGAACGAGUAUACGGACUGGGAUAAGCCCAUACAGCAUCCGAUUAACAUUAGGGAUUCGACGAUGGAAGCGCUGAGUGACGGACAUACAGUGUCGCCUUUGGUGCGGGUUGCCUAUUUGCAUGCCCGGCGCGGGGCCAAGACUUAUUUUUUCCAUUUCGGGUAUCAGACUAAGGAAAGUGACUAUCCUCAAGAUCUCACCUACAUCCUGGGCCUCCCUUUAGUCGGAGGACAGCCCCACUUCCCCCAAAACUAUACGCGACAAGACAUGGGAGUGGCGGAGGCGACGCUGGUGUUUUUCAGCAAUUUCGCCAAGAGCGGAGAUCCCAACGGGCCGGGUGUGCACAAGGACGUACCGGAUUACGGCACGCCGAGGGAGAAGACGCGAUACCGAGGACUUACAUGGGAUCCCUACGAGAUUGGAACGCAGUUCUACCUAAGCAUUAGUAAGUAG